AUGGCCUACAAUCUUCAACCCCUCAUCACCAUCCUACAACAAAUCUUGAACCCUGAUCAACAAUCAUGCUGGGUUCUUGAUCACAACAAACCACAACUUGAAUCCCUCCUUGAAAAAGCUGCUUCUCUGCAGCAUAUUCUUGAAAAAACCUUGCACCCCAAAAUAGAAGGUUUAGAGAGUCAAAUUAGAGAAGCAGCACAUAAAGCAGAAGAUAUCAUUGAAUCGCGCAUGGUUGAUCAAAUCCUUUCCAGUCCUCAAGGCGUGAGCUUUACUUUUUCAACACCAGAUCUACAACAAGUAAUGCAACAACUUGAUUCUGUAAUGGAACAAAUCGUAAAGCUUGUGCAGGAGAAGAUGAUGCCGAGUGGCAGUUCAUCGAGUGAUGCUUCUUCGUUGCAAGAUUCAAGUUCAAAGAGUGUUGUGGUGGGAGUUGAUAAAGAUAUGAUGCAGUUGAAGGAUCGGCUGACAAGGAUGCAGAGCAAGCUGGAGAUCGUGCCCAUCGUUGGUAUGGGUGGUAUAGGUAAAACCACUCUUGCUCAAAACCUUUAUGAAGAUCCAUCCAUUGUUUCUCACUUUAGCUAUAUUGCUUGGGUCACAAUCUCACAAGACUAUGAUAUGCGAGCAAUCCUAUUAACCCUUAUUCGUUGCAUAAUUGGAAAACAAUGUGACCAACAUAAUGGAAAAGGAGAUGGUGAGUUAAAAGAUAUCUUGUAUAGGAGCUUGUAUGGUAGAAGAUACAUGAUUGUAUUAGAUGAUAUUUGGAGCAACAAAUUCUGGGACGAGAUAAGGAUGUACUUCCCAGACAACAACAACAGGAGUCGGAUUGUUAUCACUACUAGGGAAUCAGAUGUUGCCAAAUAUGCAGACUCCAAGAGUCUGCCGCAUCGGGUGCAGUUGCUAAGCGACUCUCAAAGUUGGGAUCUACUUCGCCAAAUUGUGUUUGGAGAAGAGGACUGCCCUCAUGAAUUACAAGGGAUAGGAGAGAGGAUUGCGAGUGAUUGCGGUGGGCUUCCUCUAGCUAUCAAUGUGAUUGGAGGGCUGUUGUCAAAGGUGGAAAGUUUAAAAGAUGUUUGGGAGAAUAUUGGGAACAACAUAAGAGCUGCAAUUGCUGAAUCAGACCAGCAGUUCUCAAAUAUUCUAUCUUUAAGUUAUAACCAUUUGCCGGUUCACUUGAAACCAUGUUUCCUAUAUAUGGGAGCUUUCCCUGAAGAUCACGAGAUUAAGGCCUCGAUACUCAUACGGAUGUGGGUAGCUGAAGGAUUUGUGAAAACAAAUGAAGAAAAAAGUUUGGAAGAAGAGGCAGAGGAUUAUGUAAAGUCACUCGUGGAAAGGAAUCUAGUUUCGGUUAGAUGUUAUAAGUAUGGAAAACCAAAGAGAUUUAGCAUCCAUGAUCUUCUGAGAGAUUUAUGUAUGAGGAAAGCUGAUGAUGAGAAGUUUCUACAUGUCAAGAAUUCCCCCGAGGUCACAUUCUCUAAUGUACGCCGUGUGAGUUUUCACUCAGAAUAUGGAAUGGAAGAUGGCGAGUAUGCUUCAUCAGAGAUGUCACUUCGAUCAUUUGUAGUGUGUGCCGGCAGGUUGUGCUUGGAUGAGGUCGUAUUUUCCAGAUUGAUCUUGCUUAGGGUGUUGGAUUUAUACAAAACGGACUUGGAUGAGUUCUCAAGUGAAAUAUUACAACUUGUCAACCUACGCUACUUAGCUAUCCACUGCCAUUCAUUGCCAAGUGGAAUAUCAAGAUUGUGUAAUUUGCAAACAUUGAUUGUUAGGCUAGUCCGUUACUGUACAGCACCUCAUGAGUUGUGGGAGAUGUCUGAGUUAAGACAUCUCUUCUUCUCCAAGAAAGGACUAUGUGUAGAAGAUGAUUACAUGAAAAGAAUAGUUCUUAAGAAGCUGCAAACUAUAUGGCACGUGAACCUAAGUGCUUCAGAAAUUAGUGGGGGUUUCUUGAAAAGCAUUCCCAAUAUAAAAAGAUUGGGAAUCGUUUAUGACCAAGAAGACGAAUCGUUGAGGGAAGUAGUUGAUCUGACCCAUCUUCUCAAACUCGAAACAUUAAAAUGGCGGUCAAUUACAUCUCUGCUCGGGCUCAAAUUUCCUUCUACUCUUAGAAAAUUAACUCUGAAAGAUUGUCUAAUAGAAUCGGGAGUCUGGAGGAUUCUAUGUGCACUCCCGAAUCUGGAAGUGUUGAGGUUAUGCAAUUGUACCUUCAUAAGCAAUGAGACAGAAGAAGAAGAAGAAGAAGAAUGGGAAAUAGCAGAAGGAGAUGUAUUCAACUCAUUACAGUUUCUACAACUCAAAAGAUUGAAUAUGGUGCGUUGGAGAGCUGAUGAAACCAACUUCCCUAAACUCCGCCAUCUCUUUUUACGACGUUGUUGGGAUCUAGAGGAAAUCCCCGCCGGCAUUGGAGAAAUCACAACCCUCGAAUUAAUCGAGUUAGAUUAUUGCAGCGAUUCUGCUGUGGCCUCAGCAAAACAGAUUCAGGAGGAGCAGCAAUCUGAAUAUGGAAAUGACGACCUCCAAGUUCGUAUCUCAUAA